CUUCUCCUCUACCUCCUCCUGCUCCUCCUCUUCAUCAUCCUCCUCCUCUUCCUCCUCCUCCUCUUCCUCCUCCAAAGAGAACCGGUUCCUGCGGGCCCCGUAAGAGGAGAAACCACCACAUGUGUCCGCGUUUUGCUCCUCCGGUGUUUUUUACGCGCAGCGGAGAGAUGGCCGCGGUGCGCCCGGAGCGAGGCGCUCUGCCGCGGCUCUCCCCCCUCCACCUCCUCCUCCUGCACCUCCUGCUGCUGGGCUUCUCCUCCUCCAGCUCGGCGGCCUGGGACCUGGUUCUCCUGCACACCAACGACGUGCACGCCCGGGUGGAGGAGACCAGCGAGUUCUCCGGGAAAUGCGGCGGCGGCGGCGGGUGCUUCGCCGGCGUGGCCCGCAGAGCCACGGCGGUCCAGAGGGUCCGCAGCACCGAGAGCAACGUGCUGCUGCUGGACGCCGGAGACCAGUUCCAGGGGACCGUGUGGUUCAACUUCUACAAGGGAGCCGAGGCUGCACACUUCAUGAACGAGCUGCGGUACGAUGCCAUGGUCUUUGGAAACCACGAGUUCGACAACGGCGUGGAGGGACUCAUGAAGCCGUUCAUGGAGCGGAUCCGGUUCCCGGUCCUCAGCGCCAACAUCCGAGCGGACGGAGCUCUGGCGUCCACGUUCGGCAGCUCGUUCCUGCCCUCCAAGGUGCUCACGGUCGGGGGGCGGAGGGUCGGCGUGGUGGGCUACACGUCACGGGAAACCCCGGAUCUGUCCAAACCUGGCCCUCACCUGCGGUUCCAGGACGAGGUGUCUGCGGUGCAGCUGCAGGUGGACCAGCUGCGCCUGCUGGGCGUGUCCCACAUCGUGGCUCUGGGCCACUCGGGCUUCACGGUGGACCGGCUCAUCGCCGAGCGCGUCCGCGGGGUCGACGUGGUCAUCGGCGGCCACAGCAACACCUUCCUGUACUCAGGACCCCCUCCUUCCUCUGAGGUCCCUGCAGGUCCUUAUCCCUUCAUGGUGCAGUCAGCUGACGGGCGCCAGGUCCCCGUGGUGCAGGCGUACGCCUUUGGGAAGUACCUGGGUCGUCUCAAGGUGACCUUUGACGACGCCGGUGAGGUCCUGAAGGCCUCGGGGAACCCGGUCCUGCUGGACCACUCCGUCCCUCAGGAUCCGGAGGUUCUGGCCGACGUGGAGGAGUGGAAGAAGAAUCUGGCCAACUACUCGGCGCAGGUGGUGGGGAAGACCCUGGUCUUCCUGAACGGGUCCACCGAGGAGUGCCGGUUCCGGGAGUGCAACCUGGGAAACCUGAUCUGCGACGCCAUGGUGGACAACAGCGUGAAGCUCUCAGACGGCGAGCAGUGGAACCACGUCAGCGGCUGCAUCUUCAACAGCGGCGGCGUCCGCACGUCCAUCGACGAGCGGACCAGAAACGGCUCCAUCACCAUGGAGGACCUGGUGGCCGUGCUCCCGUUCGGGGGAACCUUCGACCUGGUGCAGCUGAAGGGCUCCACGCUGCUCAGAGCCUUCGAACACUCUGUGAGGAGAUACGGCCAGAGCACCGGGGAGUUCCUCCAAGUGUCCGGCUUCCAGGUGGAGCUGGACCUCUCUGGGGGGGCGGGGCGCCGCGUGAGGAGCCUCGCCGUGCUCUGCACGCGCUGCCGGGUCCCUCGAUACGAAGCCGUCCGGGAGGACGCGGUCUACAAAGUGCUGCUGCCGGCCUACAUGGUGGAGGGCGGGGACGGGUUCUCCAUGAUCGCCAAGGAGAUGCUCAAGCACGACAGCGGAGAUUUGGACAUUUCCGUCGUGUCCAACUACAUCACGCAGCAGAAGAAAGUCUACCCGGCCGUGGAGGGACGCAUCCGGUUCUACAACUCGGCCUCCGGACACCUGGUUCCCCUGGUUCCUCUGGUUCCCCUGGUUCCCCUGCUGUGGACUGUGUGUUGGAACAUGUGACUCGAAGCACUAAAAUGGGAAUUUAUUUGUACUUUUAUAUCAGUUUUACAAUUAUUAAAAUUAAGAGGGGAUCCAGCUGAAGAACUUUAAUCUUUUUUUUACUUGCAGUCAAAAUUCGCCUCGUUCAAACUUUUAUUGACGCUGUUGUUUAAAGCCGAUCAGACUGAGGAACAACAGCGUCAAUAAAAGUAUAUAUUUAUAUAUUUAUAUAUAUAUAUAUAUUAGUACCUCGUAGGAGAGGCCACAAAGUGUGAACAAUAACACGCUCAUGUAUUUACGUCUAUGUGGAGCGUUGAUGGAGCAGCUACAAGGUUAGCUUAGCUUAACGUUAGCUUAGCAUUGAUCAGAAAACACGCGGUUGUUCGUCUUGUGGAGAAAAACAACAAAAACAUGAAUUCAGACUUUAACAAAUCAUGAAGUUAUUUCUUCCCGUUUACUUGUUGGAGCUGAAGGAAACUCAGACGACGUCGUGAAGGUUCUGAAACAUGAAA